ACCCUCCUUCCUUUCUGUACACCUUGCGGUAGGCAGAGAGCGGCAGCCUCGGCAGCAGCCAGGGCGUUUGUGCACAGAGAGGCCGAUUUAGGGACCAGCAGACGGACGGACGGAGAGGACCCUCCCCGAGCUCCCGCGCCAUGGCUGAGAGGAAGCAAUCCGGGAAAGCGGCAGAGGACGAAGAAGUCCCUGCCUUUUUUAAAAACCUGGGCUCAGGCAGCCCCAAGCCCCGGCAGAAAUUCUGUGGCAUGUUCUGCCCGGUGGAAGGGUCCUCCGAGAACAAGACCAUCGACUUCGACUCGUUGUCUGUGGGCCGGGGCUCGGGGCAGGUGGUGGCUCAGCAGCGGGACGUCGCCCACUUGGGCCCGGACCCGCAGCCGCCGUACUCCCGGCAGGGCCGGCGCGCCGGCGGGGAGCCAUCUGUUGAAUCGAGCCGGAAGGUGGAGAUCCGGCGGGCCUCGGGCAAGGAAGCCCUGCAGAACAUCAACGACCAGAGUGAUCGUCUUCUGAUCAAAGGAGGUAAAAUUGUUAAUGACGACCAGUCAUUCUAUGCAGACAUAUACAUGGAAGAUGGGUUGAUCAAGCAAAUAGGGGAAAACCUGAUUGUGCCAGGAGGUGUGAAGACCAUUGAAGCCCAUUCUAGGAUGGUUAUCCCUGGAGGGAUUGAUGUCCAUACCCGCUUCCAGAUGCCUGACCAAGGAAUGACCUCCGCCGAUGACUUCUUUCAAGGCACCAAGGCAGCCCUGGCUGGGGGAACCACCAUGAUCAUUGACCAUGUCGUGCCCGAGCCCGGGACGAGCCUGCUGGCAGCCUUUGACCAGUGGAGGGAAUGGGCUGACAGCAAGUCCUGCUGUGACUACUCUCUGCACGUGGACAUCACUGAGUGGCAUAAGGGCAUCCAGGAGGAGAUGGAGGCCCUGGUGAAGGACCACGGGGUGAAUUCCUUCCUCGUGUACAUGGCUUUCAAGGAUCGCUUCCAGCUAACUGAUUCCCAGAUCUAUGAAGUCCUGAGCGUGAUCCGGGAUAUCGGUGCGAUCGCCCAAGUCCACGCAGAAAAUGGUGACAUCAUUGCAGAGGAACAGCAGAGGAUCCUGGAUCUGGGCAUCACGGGCCCCGAGGGACACGUGCUGAGCCGGCCUGAGGAGGUCGAGGCUGAAGCCGUGAAUCGCUCGAUUACCAUUGCCAACCAGACCAACUGCCCCCUGUACGUCACCAAGGUGAUGAGCAAGAGUGCAGCCGAAGUCAUCGCCCAGGCCCGGAAAAAGGGAACUGUGGUGUAUGGUGAGCCCAUCACCGCCAGCUUGGGGACUGAUGGCUCCCACUACUGGAGCAAGAACUGGGCCAAGGCUGCUGCUUUUGUCACCUCCCCACCCCUGAGCCCUGACCCGACCACUCCGGACUUUCUGAACUCCUUGCUGUCCUGCGGAGAUCUGCAGGUCACUGGCAGUGCCCAUUGUACAUUCAACACUGCCCAGAAGGCUGUAGGAAAGGACAACUUCACCCUGAUCCCUGAAGGCACCAAUGGCACUGAGGAGCGGAUGUCCGUCAUCUGGGAUAAGGCUGUGGUCACCGGGAAGAUGGACGAGAACCAGUUUGUGGCUGUGACCAGCACCAAUGCAGCCAAAGUCUUCAACCUUUACCCUCGGAAAGGCCGUAUUGCUGUGGGAUCUGAUGCUGACCUGGUCAUCUGGGACCCCGACAGCGUUAAAACCAUCUCUGCCAAGACCCACAACAGCUCUCUCGAGUACAACAUCUUCGAGGGCAUGGAGUGCCGUGGCUCUCCACUGGUGGUCAUCAGCCAGGGGAAGAUCGUCCUGGAGGAUGGCACCCUUCAUGUCACUGAAGGCUCUGGGCGCUACAUCCCUCGGAAGCCCUUCCCUGAUUUUGUUUACAAGCGCAUCAAGGCGAGGAGCAGACUGGCAGAGCUGAGAGGGGUUCCUCGUGGCCUGUACGACGGACCCGUGUGCGAGGUGUCUGUGACACCCAAGACAGUCACUCCGGCUUCCUCGGCUAAGACGUCUCCUGCCAAGCAGCAGGCCCCACCUGUCCGGAACCUGCACCAGUCUGGAUUCAGCUUGUCUGGUGCCCAGAUUGACGACAACAUUCCCCGCCGCACCACCCAGCGCAUUGUGGCUCCCCCUGGUGGCCGUGCCAACAUCACCAGCCUGGGCUAGAGGCCCCGGGUCCGCAGCCUACUUGGGGAUGGGGGAUGGGACACCUGAGGACAUUCUGAGACUUCCUUCCUAACUUUUUUUUUUUUAAGAGCCUGUGAUAGUUACUGUGGGGCAGCCAGUUCAUGGGGCUCCCUCUUGGGCCCUGCACUCCGUCCCUCACCCGGAGUCACUGAUUUUGCUCACCCACUUCCCUAUACAUCUAAGGAGUAUCACACCCAAGUCUAUCCACCAACCCCAUACACGGAACUGCAUCCAACACUCAGACAUGCAAAACAAAGCAAAUAACAACGAGGGCGUUUUUCAUCUUUAACCUCUGUUGUUCUUGUUACCAUCUUCCUUUUCAUGGGGGGGAGGGGGCGGGGGGAAGAUAAAGUGAAUUGCCCAGAGCUGCCUUUUUCUUUUUAAAUUUUUAAAAGUUUUCUUUGUGGGUCUGGGGAGAGGGUGGGUGGGAGAGAGGGGAGAGUAGUUUUGUUUUUUGUUUUUUGUUUUUUUUACAUACUAAAUUGGGAAGCCUAAUUCAAUAUUAAUACAAGGGGUUUGAACUGGACAUCCUAAUGAUGCAAUUAUGUAACCAUCGAGCUGCUUCAGGGUGGUUGGCAAACUCAUGUCCCUCCUGAGAGGCUCCAAAAUGUCCACAUUGCAUUCCAUCAUCUUCUGGGUCAACUGUUGAUAAAGGGCAGGUUUUCUUUUUGGCCUAGAUUUUGCUGCAGAUUACCUUUUUUGAUGAUUCUCUUCUCCUUUCUUAACAUCUUUUCUGCCCUCUCUCUCUCUAUAUAUAUAUAUUUUCACAUCUGUCCUUUUCUUUGUGUUUCCUUCAGCCCUUGUCUCUGAGACCCCUGUUUUUCUCUCUGUCCCCCUGUGUCUUCUCAGAUGACCAGGUCUCCUCUUUUAUUGUGGUCGUAAGAACCUGCCUGGAAGGGUUUGAGCUUUGUCAUUGCAACUAUAGUCCAUAUAUGACUGGUGCUACCCACCCGCCACCACCAGGAUAUGUGUUUGAGUUCGGGAUGCUUCCAGGUGCAGCAAAGGGCUGAGCUACCCACACUAUCACUGUGGGCUCAGAAUAGAACCUCAAACAGUACAGAGAUGUUGCAGAAACCUGAGGCUAUAGGACAUAAGUUUUUUCCUCCAUGCAAUGCUACCUAGCUAAAGAAAGACAUGAUCAAAUCUGUAAAUUGAGCCCCAUGACCCAAGUGAACCAGUCAGCCUCAAGCUAGCCACCAGCUCAGUGUUGAGCUGGUAGGAGUCUGACCCUGGGGCCUGCUGUUUCCCAGCUAAGUAUCUUUUGGGAUUCCAGAGCAUGCUGCGGCCUCUCACUUUGGGGCAAAAAAUAUUUUUUCUUGUUCAAUUAUUUUGGAAGAUAUCAUGCAGUACUUCUACACGGGGGAUUCUAAGACCCCCAGUGGAUAUCUGAAGUCGUGAAUAGCACUAAACUUGAUAUAUAUUGUUUCUUUCCCAUACAUAUUUGUGAUAAACUUUAAUUUAUAAAUUAGGCACAGUAGGAGGUUAACAACAACAAUAAUAAAAUAGCAUAAUUAUAACAGCAUACUAUAACAAAAGUUAUGUGAAUGUGGUCUCUCUUUCUUAAAAUACCUUAUUAUACUGUAGUCACCCUUCUUGUGAUGACGUCAGCUGGUAAGAUGGCUGUGUGAUGGAAUGAAGUGACGUGAAGGACGUAGGCGCUGUGUUGUAGCGGCAGGCUACUCUUGACCUUCUGACAGUACAGCAGAGGGAGGAGCACCUGCUUCUGGACUUCGUUUGACCCAAAGAACUGAAACUUUGAAAAGCAAGACCACAGAUGAGGGGAAAUGCCAUAUAGGGAGGCCUUCUAAACUCAGAAAACCUUUGGGAAAUUUUAGAGUCCAUUUUACUUUGUAAGGGGAAAAAUCUGUUGAAGGAGCGUUAUGUCCCAUCAGAGCUGUCGUGGGGAGAAAAUCUUACAAAUCGAGUGUGUGGCCCCCAUAGAGACCACAGGUGACCUUGUGUCCACAUCCCCACCCUCGUCUCCGUGACCCUUCCCGCUAGCUGCCUUCGUGCUGGGCUCUGUCUUUGCUGAUUCGUGUUGCAUUUCCUUCCAAACGCGUUUACAGGUUCUCUAAGCAAUGUUAACGUUUGCAGGCUUUUAUCGAACCAAAUCUGCUUUUGUAAAGCGUAACAUGGAAAAGUAGGUCACGUCAUUACACUUGUCUCACCACACAUUUUGCCUUUGGGGUUAUGGUUGGGGUUUCUUUUUGUUGUUGUUGUUUAUUUGUUAUUUUAAAAGUAAAUUGCACUUUUAAAGAAUAAUUGGUUAACUUAAUAUAUUUGCUUUUUUUUCUCACCUGCACUUAGAGGAAAUUUGAACAAGUUGGAAAAAAAUUUUUUUUUGUUUCAAUUCUAAGAAACACUUGCAGCUCUUUUAGUAUUCACUGAGUCUUCCUGUUUUUCCUGUACCAGGUCAUGGUGAUUUUGGUUAUUUUGAUUGUUUUCUUAAAACAAUUUCAAACCUGAAGAUUUCUGCAGGCUGUGUAAGCAUGUUUACCUGUUGGCUUGCUUUGUGUGUCUGUUAAAUGAAUGUCAUGUAAAUGCUAAAAUAAAUGGACAGUGUCUCCGAACUGAAUAACUACAGUGACUUGAUGCUCUAAAACAGUGUAGGACUUAAUAAUAGAUGGUUUCUAAUCCCUGGAAUUGUGAUUGUGACCCAUGAGUGGAGGAACUUUCAGUGCUAAAGCUGAUAAUGUGUGUAGCCAGGAGAGUACCUUUUUUUUUUUUUGUAACCACUGUCUUAAUGGCAAAAUAAUUAUGGUAAAAAAAAAAAAAGUCUCGUGUUUAUUAUUCCUUAAGAACUCUGUGUUAUAUUACCAUGGAACGCCUAAUAAAGCAAAAUGUGGUUGUUUCAGG